CCUCGCUCUUUUUCUCGGUUCCCAAAGUAAAAAAUAAUUGAGAAAACCCAUACAGCUCACGGUUUCCCCUCUUAUUCACCACCACCAUUAUGAGCCUGCCCCUCACAUGAUUACCUCCUCAGAAUGUUUUCUUUAUAUCUUCUCUCUUUCUCUUCCCCUCUCCUUCUAUCAUCCUAAACAACAAAACGGUUUCCCCUCUUUUUCUCCCUGUAGUUACAGCUUAAGAGCACGAGAGUAAAACGAGGGAGAAAUUAGAACGAUAAGAGUGUAGAAGAUCCUAUAAGCUACAGCUUCCACUACCACCAUCACCACCACCACCACCAUUAAGAGCGUCUUUCUAUCUACAGUUUAAGGGGAGAGUUUGAGAGAGAGUUUAUCGAGCAAAACAGGACUUUUGGUUGGGCUCUUUUGGUUUGGCGUGGUGCGUGUGAUGGAGGUAGCUGAGAUGGGAGAAGGAAGGGGGAGUCAAGGAGGAGGAGGAGGGGGAGGGGGGACGGUGUACAGGGAGUGUCUGAAGAACCACGCGGCGAGCCUCGGGAGCUACGCGACGGACGGGUGCGGGGAGUUCAUGGAAAGCACGGGUGGGGAGGACUCGCCGGGGAGUGGCGGGAGUCUCCGGUGCGCGGCCUGCGGGUGCCACCGGAACUUCCACAGGAAGGUUGUGGCGGCGAGCCGCGACGAUGAUCUCGACUUCAGGCGGUGCUGCUCGCUCAUCGAGGCGGCGGCGCCGGAGUCGGCCGGGCGGAAACGGUUCAGGACCAAGUUCUCGGCGGAGCAGAAGGAGCGGAUGCUGGAGUUCGCCGAGAAGAUCGGGUGGCGCAUCCAGAAGGGGGAGGAGGCUGCCAUCCAGAAUUUCUGUCGGGAAACCGGCGUCAGCCGCAGGGUCUUCAAGGUUUGGAUGCACAACCACAAGAACUCUUCUGCUAACGCCUCGUCCCUCACCCAGUAGCAAAACCGCUGAAUUAAACCCCGGCCGUUGGAUAUCUCCUACUCUCUUCCCUGAUCUGAUAAUAACCCCACAUCUAGCUGUCUCCUCACCCCCCCCUUCUUUUUUUUCCUUUUCUUGUUGGGUUUCUUUCCUUUUCUACUUUGCCUGUUUCUUUUACCCUCUCAUUUAAAACUAAUCUUAAUCUUGAUUUUUGAGUCUUAUGGGUUCCUGUAAACAAAUGUUGACAUGGGUACUGUUCCACAUGUUUACAUGUUGUAGAGAAUGAGAGAAGAAUGAGAGAGUUGUUCCAUAGUGCCAUAGAUCAAUUGGAUUCUCCAUGCUGGUCUGGUUUCUGUACUUGUUGGUCUAAAUUCUUCUUGAACACAAUUAGGGUUUAGUCGUUAAGGAUUACAGAGAAGAAGAUGCUUUCGAGACUUGGGUCUCUUUA